AGUGUUACACAAAAAAAAGCCAUCCCAUUCCCAGAAUCCCAUUAUCACCUUCUUUAUAUAUCCCACCGCACCCUAAGCAAAAACCCACCCCAACAAAAGCUGCGCUUCAUCUCUUGCCCUUUCUUCUUCACUUUCAGCAGAUCCCAAUGGCACCAAAGAAAGACAAAGCUCCUCCUCCAUCAUCAAAGCCUGCAAAGUCUGGAGGUGGCAAGCAAAAGAAGAAGAAGUGGAGCAAAGGAAAGCAAAAGGAGAAGGUGAACAAUAUGGUGCUAUUCGACCAAGCUACUUAUGAUAAGCUUCUCUCUGAAGCUCCUAAAUACAAGCUCAUCACUCCCUCGAUUCUCUCUGAUCGUAUGAGGAUCAACGGAUCGCUUGCGAGAAAGGCUAUAAGGGAACUGAUGGCAAGAGGGUCGAUUAGGUUGGUUUCCGCCCAUUCGAGCCAGCAGAUUUACACUAGGGCAACAAACACCUAGGUCUCAUAUUGUUACGUUUUUUGCUUAAUUAGUUAUAUAUAGUAAUGCUUUUUGCUGAGAUUGAACUUGUUCAAAUGGUUUCUUUUUGUUUUAUUUUAAGACGUUUCUUCAGCUCAAGAAUGUUUUUGUUAUGGUUUAAAGGGAUAGUUUUGAGAUUUUGUUGACAUGCUCUUUAGCUUCUCGGUUUUCCGAGAUGAGAUCAGUAUGAUGCUUCUAAUUUUACAUUA